AUGGUCAUCCAACAACCUUCCAACCAAAUCAAGCUAACAAACGUCUCCCUCGUCCGCCUCAAAAAAGGCAAAAAGCGCUUCGAAAUUGCCUGCUACAAAAACAAAGUCCUCGAGUGGCGCUCCGGCAUCGAAACAGACCUCGACAACGUCCUCCAAAUCCCAAACGUCUUCCUCAACGUCUCCAAAGGCCAAACCGCCCCCUCGGCCGAACUCGCCAAAGCCUUUGGCAAGGACGUCUCCGUCGACGACAUCAUUCUCGAGAUUCUCAAGAAGGGCGAGAUGCAAGUUGGAGAAAAAGAACGCUCCGCCCAGCUGGAGCGCGUGCACAAUGAGGUGAUGGGCAUGGUGGCCAGCAAGCUGGUUGACCCGAGGACGAAGAGGGUGUACACCACGAGUAUCAUCGAAAAGGCGCUCGAUCAGCUCAGUUCGCAGGCGCACCAGCAGAGUAAUAACGACAAGGAUAAGAAGGAGGACGGGAACAGUGCCUGUGGGACGCCCGCGACGGGGGAGGCAGGGGAGUCGAAACCGCAGGCGCCGAAGCCGAUUUGGAAGGGCGUGAGCGCUACCAAGAGCGCAAAGUCGCAGGCGUUGGAGGCGAUGAAGGCUCUUGUUGCGCACCAGCCGAUACCUAUCGCGAGAGCGCGCAUGCGGGUGCGUGUUACUUGCCCGACGAAUGUCCUGAAGCAGUCAGUCAAGGCUCCCAAAGCGGCUGCUGGAAAGGAGGACGAGGAUGGGGAGAAGAAGGCACCAGGCACGGUCAAGGAUAAGAUUCUCAGUUUAUUCGAGCAGGUCGAGAAUCAGGACGUCAUGGGUUCCGAGUGGGAAGCUGUUGGUUUCGUUGAGCCAGGCAUCUUCAAGGAUCUUUCAGACUUCAUCGAGAACGAGACCAAGGGGAGAGGCAACGUCGAGGUGCUGGAUAGGGCGGUCACACACGAGGACUAA